GUCAAACUUAAGCCACUGACUUGGUGACAAUGGCUGUACAGUUGCUGCUUUAUCCUGCCAGGUGGACGACACCACACAAUGAUUUUGGAUUAUUGUACAAUUCCAGGCUAAUAAGAGUUCCGCUGUGGCAUUAGGCUCGUUCAAGUGCUGCGGACACCCGUGCUUCGAUUACACGUGACAGCGAGGACGAUGGGGGCCACCGUGGAGGACUUUAACCGCGCGAAAGACCAGCUGGGCACGCUCAAGAAGGACCCGGGCAAUGAAGUCAAGUUAAAGAUCUACGCCCUCUUCAAACAGGCAACUCAGGGACCGUGUAACACGCCAAAGCCGAGCAUGCUGGACUUUGUCAACAAGGCCAAGUGGGACGCCUGGAAGUCUCUUGGCAGUGUGUCUCAGGAGGAAGCCAGACAGAAGUAUGUGGAGCUCAUUCGCUUGCUGAUUGGUGAUGAAGAAUCCAUCCAGGCUGCCCCAACGUCAGCUGGGAGCUCAGCAAUUUUCAAGACGCUGCUGUUUAACACGGAGGACAACAUCACCACUAUCUGCUUAAACAGGCCAGAAAAGAAGAACGCCAUCACGGUUCCGAUGUACAGUGAAAUUGUGAAAGCCCUGGAAAUGGCCAGCAAAGAUGAUUCUGUCAUUACUGUGAUCACAGGCAGUGGCGAAUAUUACUCCAGUGGCAAUGACUUGAACAACUUCACUAGCGUUCCAGAAGGUGAUAUCGAGAAGAAGGCUAAGGACGCUGCAGAGCUGCUCAAGGGCUUUGUGAAAGCGUUCAUCGACUUCCCCAAGCCCCUGAUUGCUGUGGUGAAUGGGCCUGCCAUAGGGAUAUCUGUCACUCUGCUCGGACUGUUCGACGUGGUUUACGCCACUGAAAGGGCCACAUUCCACACACCCUUCAGCCAGCUGGGGCAGAGCCCGGAGGGAUGCUCCUCCUACACCUUCCCCAAAAUGAUGGGUGCCGCCAAGGCCAGCGAGGUGCUACUGUUCAACAAGAAGCUGACCGCCACGGAAGCCUGCGAGCGCGGCUUGGUGACCGAGGUGUUCCCUGAUGCCACCUUCCAAAUCGAGGUGUGGAAGUGGCUGAAGGCGUACAGCAAGCUGCCGAGGAAUUCCCUUGCCUUGUCCAAGCAGCUCAUGAGGGCCGUGGAGAAGGAGCACCUGUAUGCGGUCAACGCCCAGGAGGUCCAGCGUCUGGCAGAGUGCUGGCAGUCGGACGAGUGCUUGAACGCCAUCGUGAACAGCUUCUUCCAGGCCAAGGCCAAGCUGUGAGCAUGCGGUGGUCCAUGUAGCUGCUCACUGAAGACUCGCUACCUGCUGUAGCUUUACCUGUGCAGAGCACUAACCCUGUGCAGGUGCAGGAGGCUCACAGGUAGACAUUUUGGCAUGAUGACAUGCCUUCUGUUUGUUCGUUUGUGUGUUAAUUAAUAGGUGCCUUAUAUUAAUAUAAUACCGAGCAGUACGGGUUGAGUGUAAUUAUCAGUGUCGAACUUUAGUCUCCUUAUUUUAUUCAUAUUAAAUAGAAAUUAAAGAUGCUGCUAACUUUAAUUUGCAGCAGAGGGUUAAAAUGGCAGCGAUGUCAUGUUAAAUACCCGAGUUUAGUUGCACAGCUUAAUUACAGGUUCAGUUAAAUUUGCAAUAUACUUGAUUCAGUUGGUGUAAUCAUAACUGUAAAACUGCUAAUAUACUUUGGAAUUUACAUAUCAGGUAUAGCUGGUGUAGUUUGUCUGUGAUUGGCAUUUUGCAUGUCAUUUGUUAAUUUGCAGUUGCUAUAAAAUCAGUUUAUGAAGAUGUGAAGUUUUUAAACCUUCAUUAUAUUCCUGCACAAUGUCUGAUCUCUGCAGGUGACCACCUGGAUAAUCUGUAUGUUUAACCGCAGGAAAUGAUUUGUAUUUCAGUCCGUUAUUGGAAAUAAACCGAUAACUCUGAG